UGAUUUUUUUUUUUUUUUAGACUUUUCUGCAUGGUGCCAGAUUUUUGCUCUCAUAAAGUCCAAAGAAUGUUGCCCCAGAAUUCUUGUUCAUUCUGAAACAACAAAAACAACAACAAUACGAUUACAUCAUGUAGUCGUAUUGUUUUUUUUUUUGUUGUUGUUUUUUUGUUAAAGACUUUAUAAUGGCAACACUUUUAACAUAAUCACUCUUUUUGUAAUUGUUCCAUUAUAAACUUUAACAAUUACCAUAACUGAAGUCUGCAUAGUGGAAACUGCAUAAAACAUAAGACCAAAGAGGCCAGAAUGCACAAACUUAAAGAAAACACUAUUUUAUAGGAACUUUGUUGAAGACUGAAGUUUAGCUCACUUAAAAAAAAAAACUACCACUAAGAAAUAUUAUUAUUCACCAAUGGGGCCUUUUUGCCCUGUUGUGCAUAUGAUUCAGCAUGUUGCAUUGCUAAAGAAAGCAAAAAAAGUCAACAAAAGCUUUAUCCUUUGCCCCGUACAGCAGGAGGCGGUGCCUCUGCUCUGAGCCACUGAAAUGCUGAGAUUAUAUCUAGAUCACAAAGGCAGAGCUCAGAAACUCUUUCUGUUCUCUUUUACUCUCAGUAAAAACAGACAUGGAGCUCGGAUCAGUGGUUAGUGCUGUCAGAAGCAAUAGAGUGCUGCUUGGUAAUGAAGUGAGUCCAGCUGUCAUAAUAAUUAAAGAUGGUAAAAUCCACCAAAUACUCUCUAGCUGCAACUUUACUGUGGAUGUUGGCUGUGAGGUGCUGGAUGUGGGGGACAGCGUGGUGAUGCCAGGCGUCGUAGACUGCCACGUUCACGUGAACGAGCCGGGCCGCACCUCGUGGGAGAGCUUCUGGACGGCCACUAGGGCCGCUGCGGCGGGAGGAGUGACCACUGUUGUAGACAUGCCCUUAAACAACGUCCCUCCAACCACAACGCUCAGAAACUUUGAAGAAAAGCUGCAGGAGGCGACGGGGAAGUGCUUUGUGGACGUAGCCUUCUGGGGAGGAGUUGUUCCUGGAAAUCAGCGUGAACUUCGGCCCAUGAUCAAGGCAGGCAUUGCUGGGUUCAAGUGUUUCCUCAUCCACAGCGGUGUUGAUGAGUUUCCCCAUGUGGCUGAAUUCGACCUCCACACGGCCAUGAAGCAGCUCCAGGGAACAGGAAGCGUUCUGCUGUUUCACGCAGAGAUGGAUGUUCAACCAACAAUGGGGAACAACGCUGAUGAGUCAGACCCUUGCCAGUACGACACCUUCCUGCGGUCCCGGCCCGAUGUCAUGGAGGUAGAAGCUAUUCGGACCGUUACAGAACUCUGUCUGCAAUACUGGGUGCGAUGCCACAUUGUUCACUUGUCAUCUGCAAAGGCCCUUAAGCUGAUCCAGAAAGCUCGGCAAGCUGGGGCCCCCCUAACGGUGGAGACCACCCAUCAUUACCUCAACCUGUGUGCAGAAACCAUUCCUGCGGGAGCCACACAGUUUAAGUGCUGCCCUCCCAUCCGAGGCUCUGCUAACCAGGAGCAGCUGUGGUCUGCGCUGAAAACUGGACAGAUUGACAUGGUGGUGUCUGACCACUCCCCCUGCACCCCCGAUCUUAAGAAACUGGAGAGCGGGGACUUCACGCAGGCAUGGGGAGGGAUUUCAUCCUUACAAUUUGGUUUGCCUCUGUUCUGGACUUCAGCCAGUAAGAGAGACUUUCAACUGGCUGAUGCGGUGAGGCUCCUCAGCAGAAACACAGCCCAACUGAGCAGCCUGGGCAGCCUGAAGGGCAGCCUGGCCCCUGGCUUUGAUGCCGACUUGGUCAUUUGGGAUCCAGAGACGGGCUUUCAGAUUGAAGAAGCAAGCAUUCACCACAAGAACAAGAUGACCCCGUACCUCGGCUCCACGCUGCAGGGAGUGGUGCGUGCGACCGUCCUGAGGGGCCGGCUGGUGUACAGAGAUGGCAGCUUCUGCCCUGAACCUCUGGGAAAGCAUCUCCUCAUCUCCCAGAGGACGGGUCAAGCACAACCGUAGCAAACACAAACAAUAAAAACUCAGUCCAUU